CGCCGGUGCCGCCGAUCCCGCCCCGCGGUGGUGGCGGGCGGAGCCGCUCCGCCGUGUGGUUCCGGGUCGGGCGGGAAGAUGGCGGCGCCCAUGGAGCUGUUCUGCUGGGCCGGGGGCUGGGGACUGCCCUCGGUGGAUCCCGACUGCCUGGCCGUGCUGACGUACGCGCGGUUCACGGGAGCUCCGCUGAAGGUGCACCGGGUCAGCAGCCCCUGGAGGAGCCCCUCCGGGCGCCUGCCUGCGCUGAAGACGCGGGACGAGGGCACCAUCUCCAAAACGCAGCAAAUCAUAACUCACCUCAGGAAGCAGAAAUACAAUGCUGACUAUGACCUCUCAGCCACACAAGGAGCAGACACGCUGGCUUUUGUGUCCCUGUUAGAAGAGAAGCUGCUGCCAGUGCUGAUCCACACAUUCUGGGUGGAUACGAAGAACUACGUGGAGCACACACGGAAGUGGUACGCUGAGACCAUCCCCUUCCCACUGAACUUCUUCCUGCCCAACUGCAUGCACAAGCAACAUGUGGAGCGGCUGCAGCUCAUGUGGGGAGAUGGCUACAUGGAGGACGAGGAGAAGCUGGAGAAGGAGCUGUACCGGGAUGCUCGGGAAUGCCUGACACUCCUCUCCCAGCGCCUUGGCUCCCAGAAGUUUUUCUUCGGAGACUCGCCCGCUUCCCUCGACGCCUUUGUCUUCAGCCACCUGGCGCCGCUCCUGAAAGCAAAGCUGCCCAACGGGAAACUGCAGCAGCACCUGAAGUCCCUGCAGAACCUGUGCAACUACUGCACCUCCAUCCUCAGCCUCUACUUCCCCUGGGACGGAGGUGACCUCCCCGCCAACGCCCCGCGGGUUGGGGGUGCUGAGGGUGGUGACACGGAGGAGGACCCCCACAAGCGGCGCAACCAGCUGCUGUCGGUGUUGGUGGGGCUGGCGGCCAUGCUGGGCUACGCCUUCCUGAGCGGCAUCGUCUCCAUCCAGCGCGGCACCGUGGGGCCAGCUGGCCACCAGCCCAUCACCCUGGAGGAGGAAGAGGAGGAGGAAGAGGAGUGAGGAAGAGCGGCCGCUCUCAGAGCUGUGAUUAUUUACUCGUCUGGCAACUUGAACUGACUGUUUUUAUGCCGGUGGCCUCGCAGCGUUGCUCCCUGCAGGUGUGCCACUCUGCAUCCCAGCAGAAAUUACAGCUCUCGCCUGCCACACCAAUAAACCUCACUCUCUCCA